AAUCAUAUAAUGCAGCGUGAUCAAAAAGCGCAGGCUUCCGAGCCGAUCUGACCACCCGAGUAGAUCUGGUUGCCACUGGGAAGGACAGUAUUUGAUGAAGUCGAGUGAGCGUACCGCUGAUGCUGCAAAUUGGCGUUGACUCUACAAUGAGUGCCAUGCGAACCGUCCUCAGCAUGACCGGCAUGGUUGCGUUGUUGGGUGUCGGCUAUGGGACGUGGGCCCUUAUUGUUCCUGGAGAAGACAGGCGAAAAGAAAUAAUCAAGAAUCUGCCUGAGUCAAACCCUGUGAGAAUGGAAGAGACAAGGAAACGAAAUGCUCUACUAAUGCAGAAACUCAAGGAGGCUGCUGAAACCAAUGAAAAUGUCGCAAGAGGAAUGGGAGGAUCUGCAAAAUAGACUACUUGCCCCGUUUUUGACCUGUUGUAACGCUGCUGAAAUCUACAGCUGCAUGGCAAUCAGUACAAAUGUAAAUUGAUUGUUCUACCACUGUUCAGUCGGGAACAUUUGUAGGCCUUCAUUAAAACUCUUGACAAAUGUGUGAUAUA